CCAGUAGCGCCACGGGCAUAGCAACGUGGCCUCACGUCUUCUCGAAAGCUGAAACGUCGAGAAGGUAACCCAUGAAAAAAUGACACCAUAGCCAAAGAGCGGAGCGGAGCUGAGCAGCAAUCCCGCAGCCUAGUGGAGGAAAUGUCUUGCCUUUGCUGUAAGGUCACAAGCCUUCCAGUAGACACCGUGAGGAUCAUCCCGUUGGAGAACUUCCCUCACAGGAGCUCUUCGGCUGUGCCACCUCCGCAACACACUUCCCAACCGCAGAUUACCGAUGACGGCAAGGGGGCCGCUGCUGUCAGCGAGGCCGGACGUAAAAAUCCGGGUGUAAGCAAGAGCACGGUACCCACCGAGGCCUGCACGUCCCCUCGCACUCUCCGUCCCGAGACCUACUCCCGCCAUGGAGAAGCCUUCGAGGGGAAGGAGAGCUCCAGCGCUGCUGAAUUACAUCACCAUGGUCCAUUACACUGCAACAUGGAGGACACAGCAGUCAGCCAGCGUACCCUGAGCUCUUCCUCCUCGGUCCUUCCUGAUGCGGCACCGGGCGAACCGCCGACCUGCCCCUCCUGCGGUAACACCUACAACUUCACCGGGAGACGGCCGCGGGUGCUCUCCUGCCUGCACUCAGUGUGUGAGGAGUGUCUUCAGAUCUUGUUUGACUCUUGUCCCAGGUAUAAGUUCACCUGCUGCCCCACCUGCCGAUGCGAGACGGUGCUGUUCACCGACUACGGCUUGGCCGCGCUGGCUGUGGACUACAGCAUCCUCAGCCGUUUGCCCGUCAAAGAAGAGAGCUUGGCCCCUAGUAGCACCGUGGACUGCGAGGGUGAGGAAAGCAACACUUGCAUCCAGAUGUUAUGCCAAUAUUGCCAGCAUGCAUGUUCCUGCAGGUUUGGGAACGCUGUGUCAUUUUGUGCCAUUAUGUAGAAACCCAGAAGAACACUCAGCCAACACAAGAUCUUACACUGCCGACCAAGGUUUGACCUUAACAGCCUUGCACUUUAGGGGAACAUGUUAAGCAGAAAUAAAAACAUAUCCAAAGCACCUUGAACACAAGGAAAAUAAAAAUAUUGUGUGUACACCUGGUGUGCUUUCUCAGACUAUAUUAUCGCAUUCUUUCCGCUCCCCUGGUCCAUGGAAAGGUGACAUUAGGGAUGGGUUUUGGUCCCUGUCUUCCCAAGUCCUGCACCUUUACAG